AUGAUGGAGGCUCUCAUGCUGUACGAGUACUGGCGUAUUGCACAUAGCCGGCAUCAAGUCAAUCAUGGCAUACUGAUUCGAUAUCCUCUGGUCUAUGUACUUGUUUUGUGCUCGUCAAAAGCGCUUCAGUGCUACUCUGCUAACCACAUUGAUACGUUUACUCACCGGACCUUGGUUGGGAAUUGUUUGGUGCACGUCACGGGACUGUCUCGCACCCGUUCAGGUUGCAUCGUCACUGCGGCCUCUCCUCCCCUCCUCCGCUUUUCAUUCCAUCUCUCCAUUGCCGCGAUCACGAAUGUGUAUGCCGGCGCCGCCGUUGCAGAAGAAAAUAUCGCAGGCCUACUCCACGAUGAGCCCGCCCAAGCCUUACGGAAUGCCUUCCGGCAUAGCUUCAAACUCGCGUCUCAAACCGCUAGAUUAGCCUCGCGUGGCUGCUGGUGGAUAUGCCAGCAUCGGUGGCCUAUGGGGGGACGAGAGCCGGCCCAGCAGGCCAUUUAUUGGGACAUGCAUGUUUUCUGCAUUCACCAAAGCACCAGGGAUUGCGGAGCACCGCCCACUGAGGCGGCCCGCGGUGCGAAGCUCCCAACCAUCUUCGGGGCCGACGAGCUGGCCAUGACAUGGAUGACAGCGCCCGAACCUGUCCUGACGGUCCCCUAG